UGCUAUUUUCGUUCAAUAUUUUUCAUAAUUAACUUGAAAAAAAAAAAAUACGUAAAAAUGUUUCUUACAUUAAAUUAUAUUUAUACUUAAUCUACAUAACAUAGUACCAGUUAUUAUUAGUUGUUGAUGACUAUUGUAGUAGUUGCCGCGUUUACUGAUGUUAAUAAAUUGAUUUAAAUUAUAUUAUGUGCGUGUACUAUGUAGUCAAGAUGUCUGACAAAAAUUUUGUCAUAGCUAUUUAUGACAUUAUAUAUUCAAAUUUGAUAACAAGACUAUAUAUAAUGUAAUUUCAUUAUUACGCCACUAUAUAGAUUUUUUUUAGUUAUUAUUACAUAUUUUUGGGUGCCAUAUAGAAAUUCCAAAAAUAGCUCUAAAUAUGACAUAUUGUGGGCUUCACUAUUAAAAGUUAGGUAUAAUUGAGUGUAGGAUGGAUAUCUAUUUUUUUUAAUGUAUAAUGAAAAAGUGAAAUGAUUAAUAUAUCAAAGUAUAUAGGUUUUUAAUACUUGUCUAAAAAAUAAUAAAAUGGAAAUAAAUCUUAAUCAAUUUGCGGAUCUCUUAAGCAUUUUCACCAUAGCUAUGUGCUUCAUAUUAAAAGUUCCACAAAUCUUUAAUUUAAUUUCUUUAAAGUCUGCCAAACAAAUAUCUACCUUAGGACUAUUAUUAGAAAUUACAAGUUAUACAGUCACGGCAAGUUAUAAUUAUGUUAAUGGUUAUUCCUUAUUAUCGUAUUUAGAAUAUCCAAUUAUAUUAAUACAAGAAUAUAUUUUAAUAUUUCUGGUAAUGAUAUAUUCGAGACAAACUAAUAUAUGGAGCUUAUUGAUUACAAUUGUUUAUGUUACAACAAGCUUCUGUUUUCUAUUAGAGAUUAUACCAAAAACUCUUCUUACAUUCGUAAUGCCUAUGUGCACGCCAAUAUCUGUGUCAAGUAAAGUAAUGCAAUUGCUGGCAAUUGUCAGAGCUAAAAAUGCAGAUUCCGUUUCACCUCUUACAUGGUUUAUAUCAGCUUUAACAAAUUCCACAAGAGUGUUUACUAUAUGGAUGGAUUCUGCUGACAUUUUACUAUUAGGAAAUUUUAUCAUAUCUGUUCUUUUAAGUUCUAGUAUUAUGUUUUCUUCCUUGUAUUAUAGAUAUUAUAAUGUAAAACAGGAUUGAAAAGAACAAUAUUAUUCUGUAUACCUGAGUAGUUUCAAAUAGACAUCUUUAAAAUGUAAGCAAGUAAGUUAAAGUGUAAAAAUUGCUUUUAUAUAAUAAAUAUUUCAAACAGAA